CGUCCCAUCACACGCACGCUUGCGCGCUCCGAGCUCUCGGUCAGCCAGCCACGGGCGCAUUCCGUGCUGCGUGCUGCAAGUCUGAAGCCGCACCGCACCGCACCUCGACUCCGCCUGCUUUGCCUCGGAACAGCAGUAGCAGCAGCAGCAGCAUUGACACGGACGCUCCACUCGUUUCCGCAAUUCCAGCGAGGGUUGCGUUGUGUGUGGAGGAGAGAGGCUGGCGAGCGGGAGAGAGGAGAGGAGAGGGGGGUGGUGUUGCAAAACAGCUCCACGAAUCUAUAAUUUGUUAGCGGCGGCAAGUGUGUUCAUGGCCGGGGCAACCCCAAAACACUGCUAAUUAUUGAGAGGGAACUUUACAGGCGCAGCCUCAAAAGCAAGCAGCAGCACGCUCGGAAUUUGCUAACGGAAACAGAACUCCCCUCAACCUGAUGGAUUUAGUAUGAUGGCUCUGUCUACUAAAGUUGGCAUUGUGCUGCUCAUUGAUGGGAAAUCAGAACCACACGAGGUACGGCUGAAAAUCUCCAAGGACCUCCUGACCAUCCAGCACCAAGAGGUGGUGUGUGUCACUGGCAGCCAGUGCAGCGGCAAAGAGCGAAGCGUGACUUUACGUCGACAAGAAAUAGGGGGCUUUGGACUAAGCAUCAAGGGAGGAGCUGAAUACAGGGUUCCAGUGGUGAUUUCCAAAAUCAUGAAAGACCAGGCAGCUGACCAAACAGGAAUGCUGUUUAUUGGCGAUGCUAUUUUGAGAAUAAAUGGCAUCAAUGUGGAAAACGCAACACAUGAAGAAGUGGUACAAGUGCUGCAGACUGCCGGCGAUGAGGUCACCUUCACAGUCCGGUAUCUGAGGAAGAUCCCUGCCUUUCUCAAGCUUCCGCUUAUCGAAGAAGGCCAGUAUUCAUCGAUGAUCCCCAGUGAUCAAAGCAGCACUGCUUCCUCUCCUCUGUUUGACAGCGGGCUACACUUAAACAACAACUCCACCAACACACAGACCCCAUCAUCCCCAUCCUCCCCCGUGUCGGCCACCCCUCGCUGGGAGAAGCGCUGGUGCGACUCCCUGGCGAUUCCCCUGCUGCUGGCCAGGAUAUCCCUCUACACGCCGGGCUCGGACCAGCUCAGACCCAAUGCUUUUGAAGUCAUAGCUAUGGAUGGCAUCAGCUCUGGGGUUCUGCAAUGCUACUCCAUACAGGAGUGUGCCGACUGGCUGAGAUCCAUUUCCACUGCAAUAGGUGACCUCAUUCUGCAGCAUAUUAGGAUGACCAAUAAAAAUCUAUCACUAUAUGAGCAGAUUGUGCACAUGGGCUGGGUGGAGGAGAAAAUUCAGGAUGCAGAAUUUGGCCAGCACUACCAGUCACGUUUCUUGGCCCUGAGAGGCCCCAACAUUUAUCUGUUCUCGGGACCCCCGCUCAGCUUAUGUGACUGGGCGAGAGGAGAGAAAAUGUACGAUCUGUGCGAAACGUUUCUGAAAACCCACAAGGAGGUUGACCUGCGCGACAUGAGGCCGUGCUGUUUCAGCGUGCUGACUGGCACGGGUGACAGCCACUACUUCAGCACGGAGCUGGCGGGCGACAUCGCACUCUGGGAGAAGGCGUAUCAGCAGGCGCAGUUCUCCGAGGUGCAGCGAGUCGGGAGCAAAACCUACAGCUGCGUAUGGCGUGGUCACGCGACUGGGCUCACAGUAGAUUUCAACCUGGGAUUUGCUUGUUUUGAAGCCAACUCCAAGCAAGUAUUUUGGCGGUACAAAUUCUGCCAGCUGAAAGGUUCAUCUGAUGAUGGGAAAUCGAAAAUAAAGUUUCUUUUUCAAAAAAACGACCCUAGAUUGAUAGAAACAAAGGAGCUGGAGUUUCCCAACCUCGUGGCAGUGCUACAUUGCAUCCACUCAUUCAUCUCUGCCAAGGUGGCCCUGGUGGAUCCGUUGUUUGUGGAGAGCCAAUGCGGAGGGAAAAUGCAAAUCUGCUGCAAGUGAAUCCGAGAGGGUUUAGCGAUCCCCAUUUGACGACUUGAAAACUGUUGACGAGCAAACAGGCCCUGCGAGGGUGGCCGAGAGACGGUGAGCCGAAGCUCAGCCAAAUAACGACACCGAUGUAUAAAGAAGAGACGAGUUCAAUUGGCGUUGAUCCGCGUGAAGGAGGAAACGGCCGAGUGUUUUUGGCAAGCCCCGACUCCCUUCGAUGGCUGCCCUGGGCAAUGGACACGUGGCUCCAACAAACACAGAGAAGAUGGGCCCAGCCAAAGGACAUAUACCCCCCCCCCCGCCCAGCCCCUACCGGGACACAUGUACUGUAUAUGAAUAUAUAUUUAUAUAUUUUUUCUAUAUUCAGAAUCUUGUUAUAGAAGUUUUGAAAAAAGGGGGUCACGAUUCACAAAAUGCCACCUAAACCACAACGUGAUGCCUGCACUUUCUAGAUAAACGGCUUUAAGUCGAUCCAAGUGGAUGGAGUAAGUGAAGCACUUUUGUGGUUUUGUGGGAUUCGAUUCUCUUUUCUUCUUGCAUAUCACAUACAAAUUAAGACCCUGGGCAUACGUAAAUUUCUUUAACGAUUUACCCUCAUGGUGUUACAACAUCAACUGCGUAAUCUUCACACUAUUUCCGACUUGUAUAAACACAGCAAUAUUUGUUACAAUACAAAUUCUGGUCCGUAACUUUUUACGCCGAACUGUUCACGUUGUCAUGGAUAAAUGUGAGUCACGUUAUCGCGUGAAACACUUUGUUACGAAGAAAAUGUGGCCCCUUUUGCCCAAUCCAAGCACAAACACUCGCAUGGUAAGUCGUGGGUGUCGUGGCAAAAUGGAUAUGAAAAAAAGACCCCAACACGCAACAUCACUUUUACACGCGGUUUAGACAAGCCAAAUCCCCGUUUAACCUUGUGCUCAAGAUGGGUUUUUUUUUAACGGCAUUUUUCCAAAUCUCAGUUUUUCACGGCUGAAUGAGUGCGGUUUAGCAAGCACGCCUUUUCAUGUCAGCGCCAUCAAUUUGUUCUCAGAUUGAAAGACAAUCUCGGUUUAGAGCCAGCCGUACUCAGCUCCUGCACUUGUAGGUAUUGCCUGCGCUCGGCAGCCCUGUAGCAUUGACCUUGUUUAAAGGAAGAGGGGGAGGGGAUACACAACCUCAGAGUGUGAAACAAACUUUUAAAGACAUGUUAAAUGCCAAACAGAACGAGUGACGAUACGAUCUGCGUUUGCCUGUUGUGCAUACUGCUCCACGCUCUCGUCCCCGAUGUAUAUGAACAAGGGCUGUGAAACCCAUCGUUUAAUUGUAAAAAAAAAAACCACGUGCAUUUUUGUACAGCCAUAUCCAACUACCACCGACUGUAUUCAAAUGAGGCUUGCAAAUUACAACACGGAGCCUUCAGCAAGUUGUGGGGUGGGAGGGUUUUCGGGGGGGGGGGG